UAUGUUUAGAAAAGUGCUUGGAAAUUCUAUGAGACAUAAUCCAACUCGUUUAAGAUACUUAAGAGAGUAUGUAUGUUUAAGAGAAGCUGCAAAUCCAUCUGCUUAAUAAGCUUAAACUGCCUAAUUCUAAUAAGUGGCAAAUAAAUAUGGAUUGACAACCUCUCAAUUAACAACACUCUCUGGUAUUUAUUAAUUGAGUUAAUUACUUCGACCUUAAAAUUUCCCAAAUCCUAAUGAUUAUAAGGUUUACUAAUUUAUUUCUAUUAAUUUAGGUUCAUGUUGAGAAAUUAGAAUUAUUAUUCAGAUAAACUCAACCAAAUACUGAAAACUUAGAACAAUUCGCUUAAAGUCUAUAAUACAGAAUACCAGAAAUAAGCAAAUUUACAAAUGAAGCUAGAAAAUAAGCAGCUCAAGAUUUGUUUAGCAUUUAUUUAGAAGGAAUUCACUAUGAUAAUUUAGUAUCACCGUAGAGAUUAUAUAAUAUUUUAGAGGAUAUGUCUAAUAAUUAGAAUCAAUAUACAGAUAAAGAACUAAUGCAGUCAUAAAUAAAAUAAAAGCAGAAGUCAAAGAUCCAAUAUUGGCAACUUAAUUAGCAUAAUCACUUGAAUCAAUUUUCUAAAACUAUUAAUUUAAUCAAGGAAGGUAUUCUUUAUCAUAUUUAAUAAAUAGAUAUGUUGGUUUGAUCAAAUCAUUCAUUGAAUCAAAUCAAGAAACUGAAGUUUAAAUUAGUCAGAAGAUUGAUUAAUAAACAUAAGAAAAAUAACUCUUUAUUUAAACUGUUGAUAGAGCAACAAAGCAAUUUUCAGCUGAAGAUCAAGAAUAUGCUAGAAAUGUUGAUGGACAUGAUUUCAAAUUAUUUUUAUAAGAAUUAUAUGAGAAAGAAUAUUAAUCAGGAUUUGCUUAAAAUAGAUUUAAUGAAAAAGGAUAGAAAUUAGUUUAUGAAUCAUAAGCAUAAGAACAUCAUGUUUUAAGAUAUUAAAUAUUGGCAGGAGUCUUUGCUGGUUAUUUCCUCUACUUAUUUUACAGAGGUGAUGCAUAUUAUUCAACAAUAUUAACAGUGCCAACUGUUGCUGCUGCAUUCUUUUAUUUAGCAAAAUAAGGACAAGUAAAUAUUUUAGUAUUAAAUUAUUAGGCAAAAAGAGCAAUUCCUUUUAUUAGACAAGUACUCAAAAAUAAUGACAAUACAUAUGAAGUAGUUUUUGAAUAAAAUCGUAUUAUUAGUAGAAUUGAGAAUGUAUAAGCUUCAUAAAUUAAGUAAAAUGGUCUAUAUUAUGAAAAGAUUGGCUUAAGACACUACAUUCUCAAAUACAUUAGUAUUAGGAAAUCCUACUGAUUUUGGAUAUCAUGUAAAAGUUGCGGAUAAUUCAUUUAUUGCACCAUACUUAUAUAGUGGUAAUGGUUUAGAUUUUAGAGCAUUCAUAAAUAUUUGAUU